AUGAAGCUAACGCACCUUUGCCGAAUAGUGUUGCUCAUUAUCCUCUAUAGUUCUUCAACACUUGCAACUUCUCAAGAUUCGUGUGCCUCUAAUUUGGUGCAACUUCAACAACCUAUUCCUUUUGAUACCACUUCACUUCUGUGCAGUUCUGUUUGGGGCACUCACAAUUUCAUCCUUAGAUAUGCUAAGGCUUCAUCAGAUGUGUGGAGCUUUAUAUUGUCAUUCCCUUCCAACAUAAAUGCUUAUGCGGCUAUUGGGUUCUCCAAAGAUGGAGGCAUGAAGGGUUCUUCUGCAAUUGUGGGGUGGAUGCCUUCACCAGGUGCUGGGGGCAUGAAAAUGUAUGAUCUGAAGGGAACAUCACAAGACCAAGUGAUUCCAGAUGAAGGUGACCUUUAUGUCAUGAAUGCAUCACUUGUUCCAGCUGCUACUUCACUAGUGUACAUGAUCUUCCAAUUGAAAACCACCCAACCUUCUACUCAUCUCUUAUUUGCCAUUGGACCCAACGGUCAAUAUCCUGAUGAUCCACACUAUGCCUUGGACAAACAUAGAGAUGAGAUAUCCAUCACUAUAGAUUAUUCAAAAGGAACAAUUAGUGAAAUUUCUAACCUAAAACUUCGAAGAAGCCAUGGUGUUCUGAACAUUGCGGGAUUGAGCAUUCUAAUGAUGAUAGGAUCCAUAAUUGCUCGCUACUUCAAGCAAUGGGACCCCAUUUGGUUUUAUUUACAUGCUUCCAUUCAAGCAUUCGGCUUUGUUGCCGGCGUAAUUGGAAUUUUUUGUGGCUUGGCCUUAUCUAAGAAACUCAAUGCCAAAGUGACUCUUCACAAAAAUAUAGCAAUCUUCAUCAUCGUCCUUGGAUUCCUCCAGGUAUUAGCCAUAAUAUUACGUCCAGGACCGGAAUCGAAGAUACGGAAGUACUGGAAUUGGUAUCAUCAUAAUGUGGGGAGGAUUUUGAUUAUAUUUGCAGUGAUUAAUAGCUUUUAUGGACUCCAUUUAGGAGGGGAAGGAUCAAAGUGGUUUCUUGCAUAUGGGGUUACUCUAUCAAUCUUAGUUACUAUUGCUGUCAUUAUGGAGAUAAGAAUGCGGAUUAUUGCAAGAAAAGAUACUCAUCAGUCCAGAAAGACUUCAUCAUUUCCUCAAUCCAUGGAGUUGGCUUAUUAA